AUGAGCCUAAUCUUCAGGAGCAAAAAUAUGGCGACGGCUAAAGAAGUUGACAUGUACACCGCCGAUGAUAUUCAGGUGCUUGAGGGCAUGGAAGCCGUGCGCAAGCGCCCCGGCAUGUACAUCGGAAGCACCGACCAGCGCGGACUCCACCACCUCAUCUACGAGAUUGUGGAUAACGGCGUGGACGAGUUCAUGGCAGGCUUCUCAACCCGUGUCUCCAUACACAUCCAGUCUGAUGGCACGGUGCGGAUUGAGGACGAUGGGCGUGGCAUCCCGGUGGAUGUUCACCCCGCAACCGGCAUGACGGCUGUGGAAACGGUCAUGACUACCCUCCAUGCGGGCGGCAAGUUCGGCGGCAAGGCGUAUGCCGUCUCCGGCGGGCUGCACGGCGUAGGCGCAUCCGUGGUCAACGCGCUCUCGGAGAGCCUUGAAGUCGAGGUGAGCCGAGAUGGUCAGCUUUACAGGCAAUCCUUCUCGCGCGGUCGUGGUCAGUCCGAACUCACAUCCGAGUCGCUUCCAAGGGGCAGCCGCCGCAAUACGGGCACUGCCGUCACCUUCAUGCCUGAUGUCGAGAUAUUCGAGGAGUUCGCAUACGACUUCGAUGUGCUGCGCCAGCGCUUCAAGGAGAUGGCAUAUCUGAACAAGGGACUGGAAAUUACAUUCCGCAGCGACUGGCCCGCCCACGAUAAUCUAUGGCCCAACAACGAAGUAACUUACUACUUCGAGGGCGGCAUAUCCAGUUUCGUGCGCAGCCUGAACCAGAAGCGCGCCGUCGUCCACCCUGACCCCAUUUAUGUGGAGAAGAAGAUCGACAAUACCAUCGUCGAGGUGGCGAUGCAGUACAAUGACAGCUUCACAGAGUUCGUCCACUCUUUCGCCAACUGCAUCAACACCAUCGACGGAGGCUCGCACAUCACCGGAUUCCGCAGCGCUCUGACGCGCAUCGUCAACGACUAUGGUCGCAAGCAGAACCUCAUUAAGGACAACGAACCGAACCUCGCCGGCGAGGAUGCGCGCGAGGGAUUGGCGGCGGUCAUCAGCGUGAAGCUCACGGAUCCGCAGUUCGAAGGACAGACCAAGACGCGACUCGGCAAUCCGGAGGUCAGGACGCAGGUUGAGAGCGUGGUCGCCGAGGCACUCCAGUAUUACCUCGAAGACAAUCCACAGGAUGCCAAGCGCAUCAUAGAGAAGUGCCUCACCGCGCAGCGAGCGCGAGACGCAGCCCGCAAGGCGCGAGACCUCAUCAUCCGCAAGAACGCGAUGGACGGUGGCGGUCUGCCCGGCAAGCUCGCCGACUGCUCCGAAAAGAACCCGGAGUUCUGCGAAAUCUACCUUGUGGAGGGCGAUUCGGCGGGCGGCACGGCGAAGAUGGGGCGCGACCGCAGGACACAGGCGAUUCUGCCGCUAUGGGGCAAGAUUCUGAACGUGGAGAAGGCGCGCGCCGACAAGAUGCUCGCCCACGACGCGAUACGCUCCAUGAUAACCGCCAUCGGCGCAGGGCUUGACGACGACAUCGACCUCAGCAAGCUACGAUACCACCGCAUCAUCAUCAUGACCGACGCCGAUGUGGACGGCUCGCAUAUUCGCACGCUGAUUCUCACCUUCUUCUUCCGCCACAUGAAGCCGCUCAUCGAGCACGGGCAUCUCUACAUCGCGCAGCCGCCCCUGUACAAGAUAAGCUCGGGUCGCCAAUCGCACUACGCAUACAGCGAGGGCGAGCGCGAGGGAAUAAUGACGCAGCUCAACGGGAGGCGCAACAUCUACUUACAGCGCUACAAGGGCCUUGGCGAGAUGAACGCCGAGCAGCUCUGGGAGACCACGAUGGACCCGGAGAAGCGUACCCUCUUGCAGGUCGACAUCGCUGACGCCGCUGGCGCCGACGAUAUGUUCUCCGUUCUUAUGGGCAAUGUAGUGGAGCCGCGCCGCAACUUCAUUCAGGCGCAUGCGCUUGAGGUGAAGAACCUUGAUGUGUAA